CUCGCGCCGUGGCAACGGCCCUCCUCCGGCGCUGAGCGCGGGAAGCGGAGCGGGGAGGGGAGGGGUGGCUGGGCAGCCGCCGGGGCCGGGCCGGCGGUGAGGGGAGCGCUGCGGGGCGCGCUGCCAUGGGGGCUGAGGCUGCCGAGCGCUCCUCCGCGCUGUGAGGGGGCGAGCCCAGCCCUGAGCGCCAUGGCCCUCGCCGGCAGGGUGGCCGAGUGGUGGGCCCGGCUGCGGAGCCGCUGCCCCGCUGCCGCCCCGCGCUGCCUGCCGCCCUGCCUGCCCGCCGGGCCCGCGGCCUGCCGGCGGCGGUACGGCUCCCGCCGCACGGAAAAGUUGGAUAUGUCGAUGUAUCCUGUUGAAAGCAUUAGAAACUUCAGUAUUAUAGCUCACGUAGAUCAUGGCAAAAGUACACUAGCAGACAGAUUAUUGGAAAUCACAGGAACAAUUGCUAAAACUGGCCGUAAUAAACAAGUACUGGAUAAACUGCAAGUGGAACGCGAAAGAGGAAUUACAGUUAAAGCACAGUCUGCAUCUCUCUUCUACAAUCAUGAAGGAGUAAACUACCUCUUAAAUCUUAUUGACACGCCAGGCCACGUAGAUUUCAGCUAUGAAGUAUCACGGUCACUGUCUGCCUGUCAAGGUGUCAUACUUGUAGUGGAUGCAAAUGAGGGUAUUCAGGCUCAGACAGUGGCAAACUUCUAUCUUGCUUUUGAAGCACAGCUUGCAAUAAUUCCUGUCAUAAACAAGAUUGACUUGAAGAAUGCAGACCCUGAAAGAGUUGAAAAACAAAUUGAGAAGCUGUUUGAUAUCCCUAUAGAUGAAUGUGUAAGGAUUUCUGCUAAACAAGGAACAAAUGUUGAAAAAGUUCUUCAAAAGGUUAUUGAGAAGAUUCCACCACCCCAGUGUCAUACUGCUGAUCCAUUGAAAGCCUUAGUAUUUGACUCCACCUUUGACCACUACCGAGGUGUCAUAGCUAACAUUGCACUCUUUGGUGGUGAGAUUCAGAAAGGGUAUAAAAUUGUGUCUGCACACACGAAGAAAAGAUACGAAGUUAAUGAAGUUGGAAUUCUGACACCAAACGAACAGCCAACACAUAAGCUAUAUGCUGGACAGGUGGGCUACCUCAUUGCUGGAAUGAAAGAAGUAACAGAAGCCCAAAUAGGAGACACACUGUUUUUGUAUAAACAGCCAGUGGAGCCUUUGCCUGGCUUUAAGACAGCAAAGCCAAUGGUUUUUGCAGGCAUGUAUCCUGUAGAUCAAACAGAAUAUAAUAAUCUCAGAAGUGCUUUGGAGAGGCUGACAUUGAAUGACUCCAGUGUAACUGUUCAUCGUGACAAUAGUCUUGCCUUAGGAGCUGGAUGGAGGUUGGGUUUCCUUGGUCUUUUACACAUGGAAGUUUUUAAUCAACGUUUGGAGCAAGAGUAUAACAUGUCUGUUAUUUUGACUGCACCUACGGUUCCAUAUAAAGCUAUUCUUUCUUCAGCAAAGUUGAUAAAGGAGUAUGGUAAAGCAGAGAUCACUAUUAUCAACCCUGCUCAGUUUCCUGAUAGACUUUCAGUAUCAGAGUAUUUGGAGCCAACUGUACUUGGUACUAUUGUAACACCUCAAGAAUAUAUUGGGAAAAUAAUUGCUUUGUGUCAGGAUCGUAGGGCAGUCCAGAAGGAUAUGUUGUACAUUGAUGAACGCAGAGUUAUGCUAAAAUACCUUUUUCCACUGAAUGAAAUUGUGGUGGAUUUUUAUGAUGCUCUUAAGUCUCUGUCUUCAGGUUAUGCAAGUUUUGAUUAUGAAGAUGCAGGAUACCAGGCAGCAGAUCUUAUCAAAAUGGAUAUUCUUCUAAACGGAAAUCCAGUAGAAGAACUGGCAACUAUCAUACACAAUGAUAAGGCACAUGUGACUGGUAAAUUCCUGUGUGAACGUUUAAAAGAUGCUAUACCUAGACAAUUGUUUGAAAUAGCCAUUCAGGCUGCUAUUGGCAAGAAAAUCAUUGCAAGAGAAACGCUGAAAGCUUACAGAAAAAAUGUUGUGGCAAAAUGUUAUGGUGGAGACAUUACAAGAAGAAUGAAGCUUUUAAAGAGGCAAGCAGAAGGGAAGAAGUUGAUGAGGAAAAUUGGCAAUGUGGAAGUACCAAGAGAUGCCUUUAUACGUGUUUUAAAGAGACAAACUGACAAAUAGAGAUCAGUGGCAUGCAGCUGAUAAUUCUCUCAACUUUUUGUAAUAAGGAGCUAAUGUAGAAUUUAUCACUGUGAGAAGGAAUAUAUCUAAUUUACACCACUUAAAGUCAAAUAUGUGGGGACAUAAAUUGAAAGGACUAUGUACUUAAAAUAUACAGAUACUUGUAGAUUAUUAUGAAAUUAAUUAGACUUGACAAUGCCAAUUCUAAUUGUAUUGUUUUUCAGUGUAUUUCAUUGUUUUCUAACAUUUUUCUAACACUUAAAAUGUAACAUAAUUAGGUUUUGUUUAGCAUUGCAAGUCUGUAUGAGAGAACAGGAACCAUGUGGCAGUUCAUAAAAAUAAUUGAAAAUAUGUAUAGUCAAACAAUGCUGGUUUUGUUUGGCUUUUUGGUUUGUUUUACCUAAAAGUUUGUGGCCACAAAAAUAUCAAGCUAUUUCCUGUUUUACUUCCUCAAAUUGCGGUUGUUAGGAAAUCAUGAAGAUGCUGGGAAUUUUAAUAUAUUACAACACAAGA